AUGAGGACUUCCGCAACGCUUACUCCAAUCUGGAAUUGGGAUAUGGGCUACCACAAGGGGCCGAUCGAGGAGUGGAUACCUGUCGAGUAUGACAUUCUUGAGUUGGACUACUGCAGCUCGAAACGGGGUCUUGGGAUGGAAGCCAUGACGGAGGCUGCCUUUGAUGGCAUCGUGACUGCUCUGCUGCAAUUUGCACGACAUUGGAAGUGCCGGCUCCAGGCUUUGCAGCAGCUCUUGGAUCAGAUCUACUUUUCCUGCGCGCAGUUUCGACAGAUUGUCGACCUCUUUAAAGAGUCUGGCGCAAGACAAGACGUGUAUGUAACCUUCUUCAACAGAAUUGUCGACAUGCAGAAUGAGAAGCUUGUCCGCGCCAGACUUGACAUGAAUGAGGUGUCCACGAUUCUGUAUCGACUUGGGCACGCAGGGUGCUUUCCCUACAUGCAGCCUGAGCAGAUGCACAUCCGCCUGCAUUUCAAAAAUCACGAGCGGCUGUUGAUGAGCUAUCUUUUGAAGCUUUCGACAAAGGAAAGCCUAACAUCAAGGAUCCCCAGUUCACAAGCUCUGACGGAACGGUGGAUGCGCUGA